AUGGCGAAUAACUCGUUUCGGGAUUCCGUCAACUCGCUAGGGUGGUCGCGCAGAGAUCCGGAUCUUCCCGUGCACACCGGCGGAUCGAAUCCCACUUUCUUAUCUCGUCUACAAUCCUACAACCCUUUCGGCGAAGGUGGUUAUGUCCAACUGCCGACUCACAAUGAAGGCCCUGGUGCCCCAUUACCGGCACCCAAUCGACGGGAAGAAGAAGAGGGCUUCUUCGCUUUGAGUCGGUGGGACCGCAUGCUCAUCUUUGGCGCAUGUAACCUGGGUGCCGCCGUUUGUUUCAUGAUCUGCUUCUUCUUGUUCCCUGUUUUGUCAUUGAAACCGCGCAAAUUCGCGAUCUUAUGGUCUGUCGGUUCAAUCCUGUUUUUGCUAUCAUGGGCUGUUCUCAUGGGACCGUGGACAUACGCUAAGCAUCUGAUCUCGGGAUCACGACUGCCCUUCACAGCGGCUUAUUUCGGAUCGAUCGUGCUGACACUUUACUUCGCUAUCGGGCUUCAAUCCCUCUUCCUCACCCUCAUCUCCUCCAUCUUCCAGCUCGCCGCCCUUCUCUGGUACCUCGUCAGUUACUUCCCCAUGGGCAGCACUGGCUUGCAGUACGUGGGUCGCUUUGGAGCCUCGCGUGUCACCGCUUGGAUGUCAGGUUGA